UGAUUUUUUUUAAUGGUAGGAUUAGGUUUAUAUUGUCUAGUUGAACAAUGGAACAGACGAAUGGUUAUGAGAAGAGAUUGAACACUUUACCAGAUUACUCUGGAAAUGAAGGGAUGAAAAGAAGGAACCCCAAUGACGAAAAAGAACCAAAUGGUAUUGGACCAGAUGAUACAGUCUACCGUUAUUUGUGUUCAUUGAGAAAAAUAGGGAGCAUUAUUGGAAUUGGCGGGGAUAUUGCGAAGCAAUUGAGAGCAGAAACCCACGCAAAGAUUAGGAUUAGUGAGACUAUCCCGGGAUGUGAUGAACGUGUGGUAACCAUUUAUAGCACAAGUGAUGAAACAAAUAGUUAUGAGGAAGACCCAGUUUCGCCUGCGCAAGAUGCCCUUUUUCGGGUGCAUGACAGGGUGGUCGCUGAGGAGUCGCCUGUGAAUGGUGCAUUUGAGGAGCCUCUGCAAGUCACUGUGCGUUUGCUUGUGCCAUCUGAUCAGAUAGGUUGUGUGAUUGGGAAAGGAGGACAAAUAAUCCAGAACAUAAGAACUGAAACUGGUGUUCAAAUCAGAAUUUUGGGUAGUGAGCAUUUGCCACCUUGUGCUCUGAGUUCUGAUGAACUUAUCCAGUUAUCAGGGGAAGCUACUGUUGUGAAGAAAGCUCUAUACCAAGUUGCAUAUCGUCUUCAUGAUAAUCCCUCAAGGUCACAGUAUUUGCUCUUGUCGGCAUCCAGCAUUUAUAGAUCUGGAAUAGCAUUCAACAAUCCAAAUGUCGGUGGCCCUCUUGUGGGUGUGGUUUCAUCAAUGGGUCCCUAUGGGAGUUCUUACACUGCGAAGGAGUUCUCACUUCGUUUGAUUUGUCCACCUGAAAAUAUAGGAGCUGUGAUUGGAAAAGGUGGUGUCAUUAUAAAACAAAUAAGACAGGAAUCAGGGGCAUUCAUUAAAGUUGAUAGUUCUGUUGCUGAAGGAGAAGAUUGUGUUAUAUCCAUAUCAGCAAAGGAGACGUUUGAUGCUCCUUCCCGGACUAUCGAUGCGACAAUGCGAUUGCAACCAAGGUGCAGUGAGAGAUCAGAAAGAGAAUCAGGUGAUCCUGUUUUCACAACACGUUUACUUGUACCAAGCUCUAGAAUUGGAUGUCUUAUCGGUAAAGGUGGGGCUAUUGUUAAAGAGAUGAGAAAGAGUACGAGAGCGAACAUCCGGAUUCUUUCUGAUGAACAUGUUCACAAAGUUGCAUCUGAAGAUGACGAGAUGGUGCAGAUUACGGGAGACACGAAUGCGGCUAGAGCAGCCUUACUACAAGUAGUGAUGCGCUUGAGGGCAAACAUGUUUGAGACUGAGGGAACUUCAUCUGGAUUUUCUACACCUGCCCCAUAUCGUCAAACAUCACCAGACAUUUCUGAUGGCCCAAAAUAUAUGGGUCGUGAUAAUAGAUCAAGAAAUCAUGGAUAUUCAACUUACUCAGGUGGUUAUGGCUCCAAAAAUUUGCCACCGAGUGAAAGUUACAGGAGUUAUGAUACUUCACAGAUUGUCGGUGAAAGUAAUUAUGGAGCAUAUGGCGUUUAUUCAUCAGGUCAUUCUGGUGUUGCUGGGUUAUCUAGCCAGAAUCCAGUUUCAUCUGAAAAAUCUUAUAAUUAUUAGUGCCUGGCUCUUAAGUCAUUGAGUUCCAUUAUUACAGAUAUCGUGUGUGAUGCCUAAAGCUAGCCAAUUGCUUCUUUUGAUGAUGCCUUUAGCCUAAAGACCAGAGGACAAGAUCAACAAGAAAUGAGAAAUCAUUAUCAUUUUUGAAAUUUAUUCUUUCUUUUGAUGUUACAAGUGGUGUCUUGUAAUGAAAGCUGUUAGUUUGAUAAUGGUCUUGUACUAGCUUGAAGUUUUUUACUUUCAUGAAGUGAUGUAGCUUGAAGAAGUUCAAUCCAGUGAAGUAUUGUGUAUUUGUGAAACUUUUGGACAUGGUAACUUGUGUUUUUGCUCAUUUUGUUUUAAAGCUUUGUCUUUCCACGA